CUCGCCUACUUCGGUGUGACUGUGCGGAGCAGCAAGGUGCAUCAAGUGUAUGUGGGGCUCUCUCUUACCCUCACACACUCGCCGCUCCUCUUGCAACUGCUUUCGGGAUCUUUGGGUCCCUUUCCUCGGUGGCAGGCUCCCCACACCAAGCAGUCACCAUUUCCGCCCCCGGGAGACCCACGCUGGCAGCGCAGCCCCUUCCCCGACUCAGCAUCGGGAGGAAGACCCUGGUGGCGGCUGCCGUAGGGGUUAUGCUGGUCCUGGUGCUGGUGGUGCUCAUCCCCGUGCUCGUCAGUUCCGUGGGUACAGACGCCAGCCACUAUGAGAUGCUGGGCACCUGCCGCAUGGUGUGCGACCCCUACCUGAACAAGGGCACCCCAGCCAGCAGCACCAGCUCCACUGGCCUCCAGGCUGAGGCAGAAGCACUGAGCGACCACAGCAACAUGCCUCCGCCCUCCACCUUGCUGCAGGGCCCACAGGGGAAGCCUGGCAGGCCGGGCAAGCCGGGACCGCCGGGACCACCAGGGGAACCGGGCCCACCAGGACCAGUGGGGCCCCCUGGUGACCGAGGGGAUCAGGGCAGGACUGGGAUUUUGGGUCUGGGGGGGAACGGAGCUAUUAGCACGGCCACCUACAGCACGGUGCCGCGGGUGGCCUUCUACGCGGGGCUUAAGAACCCCCACGAAGGCUACGAGAUCCUCAAGUUUGACGACGUGGUCACCAACCUGGGCAACAACUACGACGGCAUCUCGGGCAAGUUCAUCUGCAGCAUCCCGGGCACUUACUUCUUCAUCUACCAUGUGCUGAUGAGAGGAGGCGACGGCACCAGCAUGUGGGCAGACCUCUGCAAAAAUGGCCAGGUCCGUGCCAGCGCCAUCGCCCAGGACGCAGACCAGAACUACGACUACGCCUCCAACAGCGUCAUCCUCCAUCUGGACGCAGGGGACGAGGUUUACAUCAAGCUGGACGGCGGCAAGGCACACGGAGGCAACAACAACAAGUACAGCACCUUCUCUGGCUUCAUCCUCUACGCAGACUGAGAGCAGAGACGGACACAGAGACAGGUAGUCGGGCGGACAGAGAGAAGAGACCGAGGGAAAAGACUGGUGCAA